AAAAAAUGUAUAAACGCUUUGGGAAAAACUUAGGAUAAAUACGACAGAGAAAAAGUUCUAGGAUCAUGGCUGCACCUGGAGGAUCUUCUGAUGCUCAAAGAAGGGCCAGAAAUGCUGCAUUGAAAGACUACUAUGGCUGCAAGGCUUCAAGUGAAAUGGCUGAUAAUGACCUGUAUAAUUUGAAUUCACCACAUUUCAAUCCAGAUAUGUAUCUUCACCAGCUGAUAAAGGAGUCUUCUCUCACUGACCUGAUGGACACAGAGGCGAAUAUAUACAAGCAGAUUCAGUCUCUGGACAGUGAGAUGCAAACACUGGUCUAUGAAAACUACAACAAGUUCAUCUCUGCCACCGACACCAUCAGAAAGAUGAAGGUCGACUUCAAGAAGAUGGAGGAUGAAAUGGAACGUUUGGCUGAAAACAUGACCCACAUCACCGCGUUUUCAGCCACUGUGUCUGAUACACUGCAGGUUCGUCGCGAUGAAAUCAACAAGCUCUCCAACACUCAUGUUAUGCUGAAAAAGCUCCAGUUCCUCUUUGAACUACCAGCUCAGCUCAAAGACGCCAUCGAUAAGGAAAACUACCAGCAGGCAGUCGAGUACCACCUGCAGUCAGAGCGCGUGCUGGAGCAGUACGGCACGGCCCCGGAUACGGCCAGUCUGCAGGGGCUGCGCGCCGAGUCGGCUCAGAGCAUCACACGGCUGGUGGCUGCCCUCCAGGACCGGCUGCAGGACGACCAGGCCACGCCGGAGCAGAUCAGGGAGUCUGUCCAGCUUCUGCUGCAGCUGGGUCAGCCGGCUGAGACACUCUGUUCGCGUGUCAUUGCGCACGCGCAGCGCCGGCUGGCCGGUGAUCUGGCUCAGCUGACGAACCAGGUGGAGCUGGCGCGCGCGGCGGCGGACUCGGACCGGCCGACAGAACUGCGGCUGCAUCUGCCCAAGGAUGUCCUCGAGUUUGUGGACGUCGACUGCAGUAGCUUCCUGAGCAACCUCAGCCUGUUCGUCACCUCGUACAAGGAGCUGUUCCUGGAGCCGAAGAGCAGGUGCCCGGAGGCGGCCGGUCGUCUCUCCGACUGUGUUCGCUCCCAGAUGGACUCUCUCCUCUCCGCCGUGGACAGUCGACUGAGUCUGGAGAGCGCCGCCGGCGGCGCGGCGGUGCUGGCUCGCGCCCUGGACCGCCUCUAUCGCAGGCUGCAGGCCAGCGCCGCCGUCCUACCCGAUGGAGACGCCUACGUCAGUCUGAUGGUGUUUUUGUGUAACUCUGACACCAUUCCGGAGUGUUUGGCCGGUAUGGAUCUGAUCGGCGGCGCCACGGAGCGCCGGUGUCGCCAGUCGCUGUCGCAGCUGUGUGCCCACCUGCAGCAGAGUCUGUCGGCGGUGCGCCAGGCGCUGGUGGUGCCGGCGCCGGCGCCCUCCUCUGCCGAGCCGCCGCCGCUGGCCGAGCAGCUGGCCACCUUCCUCGGCGGCCUGGCCGAGCAGAUCCGAGCGACCGUCACCGACCUGAAGGCGUUCAUCCAGCCGGAGCUGUCGUUCGGCGUACAGGCGCGCUUCAGAAACACGUUCUGUCGCCAACAUGUCAGGGAGACGGUCGUGGUUGGCUUCUUCCGACACUUUGUGGAGACGUGUCGCGGCUUCUGUGACGCGGCCGGGGGAGAGAAGACGUCGCCCAGCGUACUGCUGCUGCUGUCGCGGGCCUGCCGGGACCUGGACACGUCCACCGUGCACUACCUGAUGAACUUUGUGGACGACCUGCUCCGGAUCGAGGACAAGUCGGGUCUGACGCCUCUGGCGGACAUCAACAGUGAGGUCCGGGCCGCCGGACAGCAGCUCAUCAACCACUUUGUCCGUGUGCAGGGCCUGGCCGUCUCCCAGAUGCUGCGCAAGUCUGUGGCCACGCGCGACUGGCAGCACGCCAACGAGCCGCGCUCGGUGCGCUCGGUGAUGAAGCGCGUGGUCGAGGAGCUGGCCAUGAUGGACGCCCAGGUGGGAUCGGUGUAUGAAGAAGGUGCCGCCCGCUGGGAGCAGCACAACAGCUCCGACUCGAGCCGGCGACCCUACCACGGACCAGGCAGCCAGCGCCAGCGCCACGAGUGGUCCUCGUACGCCCCCAGUCAGGUCGACUCCGGCCUCGUGGCCAACAUUCAGAAACUCUUCUCGGAAAGGAUCGAGAUCUUCGCGCCGGUGGAAUUCUCCAAGGUGUCGAUUCUCACAGGGAUCAUCAAGAUUGCUCUCAAGACCCUGCUGGAGUGCGUGCGUUUGAAGACGUUCAGCAAGUUCGGCCUCCAGCAGAUCCAGGUGGACGUCUACUAUCUACAGGUCAACCUGUGGCGCUUCAUUGCAGACGAGAAGCUGCUGCACGGUCUGCUGGACGAGGUUCUCGGCUCCGCCAUCCAUCGGUGCCUCCAACCAGCCCUUAUGGAGUUCUCAGUCGUCGAGGCACUCUGCGACCGAGGGUGAAUUUACCGGCUGAACGUACUGACGCGCCGGCCGCUGAGGGGAGCCUAACGGUCAGUCCGGUGAAACACGCCAGCCCCUCUCUCCCCUGAUCUUCACUCUCCCGCACAGUGCCUGUCCGUGCGGUCCACUGGAUAAAUCCCUCCUGCCGUGGGCCUUAGUGUCGAUCGAUUCCUCCGCCGGUCCAAGACUGCCUUCCCUCAUGAGCUGCAGCGACCGGCUCUCUCCAGCGGUGGCCGUAGCCGCAUCGUUACCAUGGCAACAAAGCUGCGUCCGAGCGCCAUCCAUUACCGGAGUGAAGAGGUCUGAGAAGCGGCGACGGUCGAUGAGGAGAUCCGCUUACCGCUGCGCCGCUGCUUCCUACAGCGGUACUAUGCGGACACAGCUAUCGUUAGAGACGUCCAGAGUGGUUUUAUUCAUAUUCUGAGCGGCUGCCGUUUCGGAUUACUCGGUCCGGUGUAUUAUCUGGAGGAGGGUUUGACAUGCUCUGUGCACGGCUGUGCCGGUGAUAUCUCCAUUCCAGGGUGUGAUGUUCAACUGGCGUUUGUGAUAAGGGAAGUAAUGUAUGUGCUGCUCUCUGAUGUCCAGUGUUCGCUUGAUGGUUGUUGAUUUUAAUCAUUUUAUUUAUCUUCGGUCUGAUCGUGGUUGCACAUUUAUUGAUAGGAUAUGUGUCAUGUAUAAGAGCUGAUGAUUUGUGUCCAUAUCGGUUAACUGGCAGGUGUUCAACGGAAAAGGCAUUGCCAAUAUAAGUUUGUUCUACCUCG